AUGGAUUCCUCUCGAAACUCGGCCAACUCACGGUCUUCGGAACCCAUUGAUAGUCACAUCGGAUCUCAGUCAAAUAUCCCGGAAUCCAAUGUGAUCCCGAACUCUACUGCCGAUGCAGUGCCACCUACCCACGGUUCUCAACAGUCACAGUCCGAGUCGGAAUCACAGAGUACGGCAAACUCAUCACAGGCGAGGGAAUCAGAAGAAACCGAACAUGCCUAUUGGGCCGAAUUCGAAGAAGACAACUCCAGUCCCGAUGAAGAGGAAUUGAAGGAAAUUGACUCAGCCGAAGCGGAUUACAGUGCCUGUGACCAUACAUACUGGGAAAGCAAUUUCUUUCGAGAUUUGGACGACCCGGAAUACCAGCCUAGGGAAAAGGCUCGCCUAACAUGGAAGAUCAAGGGGGUGAGAGGAACACCCGAAGCGCCCAAUCGUGCCAAAGUGAUGCGGUCUCCACCCGCAUUUAUUGGUGGGUACUGGUGGCGAAUCAAGUUUUACCCUCGCGGCAAUAAUGUCGGUUCAAUGAGUAUCUACGUUGAAUGUUCGACAACUCUUCCCGCUCCAGAUGAUCAACUUCCCGAAACCGAGUUCACUGUUCGUCGCGGAAUACCCGCUUCUGCCUUGAACGAAAACUCACCCGACACAGAUCUGCACACACCCGCCACCAACGACUCCGCAGCAUGGAUGGAAAACUACAAGUCGCAAUAUCCUUCUGCAGCCUCGGCCCCCACACACGCCACGUCGAAUUCUUCGGACCAAUGGCGAACCUCCGCCCAAAUUGGUGUGAUUGUUUACAAUCCCGAUGAACCACGCACCGGAUGGAUGCAGUCUUCAUGUCACCAAUUCAAUCCCAACAAUUUGGACUGGGGUUGGACUUAUUUCCACGGCCCAUGGGAUCAGAUCCACACCCGGCGACGUGGUCAGCACCGUGCGCUGUUGAACAACGACACACUCGCAUUUGAUGCUUAUAUUCGUGUGAUUGAUGAUCCCACCAAAUCAUUGUGGUGGCACCCAAGUGAUUCCGAACCCACCUGGGAUAGUCUCGCCUUGACUGGCUACCGUCCACUCGGUGAUUCGGUGAUCAAUCAUAGUGCCGAGGUGGCAGGAUUAGCUUCAUGGCUACACAUUGCGCCCUUUUGCAAAAUUAUCCAGAGUGUGGAUGUUUUGGAGCACCUGAAUAACUGUGAUGUGAAGCCUAAGCCUCUUUGUGAUGCUCUUCAGAAGUUGCUCUGGCAAUUGCGGAGUCGUACCCAUUCACUUCACUAUGUGGAUACGGAAGGCAUUACCUCGACUCUGCGCAACCUGCGCGAGUUUUCUGGAGACGUAUCGGAGUUUUGGGAGCGCCUCCGUCGGACUUUGGAGCUGGAACUUUCAGGAACGAACGCCGGUCAGGAACUGGCUAAGCUGUUUGAUAGCCCAUCGCUUCAUUCCCUGCCGGCAGCAAUUGGCGAUGCGGUCUCCAUCAACACUUUGCCCGCGGGUUUUAAUUCUCGUAUUUGCAUGCAAGCCGACCAUGUGAAGUCCAUCGGAGAGGGCAUGAAGGACUAUUUGAGUGCAAAGACUGGUCGUUGGGCUCUUCCCUCAAUUCUCCAUGUUGAGCUUAGUCGUCAGACCAUGGACAAGAAUAUGCGCUGGCAAUUGAACUUCAACAAGGUGGACUUGGACCAAGAACUGGAUCUCAGCGAGUGGGUUCUGGACAGCCGAGGCAGCAAAUAUGUACUCUAUGGCUACGUGGUUCACCGCGGUCGUCGCACUUCCGGCAAAUUCUUCAGCAUUCUUCGCCCUGCUGGCCCGGGUACCCGAUGGUUGGCAUUUGACGAUGGUAGUGACAACCGUGUGGAGUGUUUAACCCAGAAGACUGCUCUGGGCCCUCACCUGGGUCUUGACGCUUCUCAGACUGUGGAUCACAAGAAGGGCCACGAUGUUCCUGUUGUUGCUAUGUAUGUUCGUAGUGACAUGGUGUCCGAGCUUUUACCUGGUCCCCAGGGUCCUUGGGAGGUUUCCGAUGCACUGAAGGAAUACUACGAGACGGGCAUGUAUAACCCCGGUCCGCAGGUUGCAGACAAGCCAGCGAAUGAGGACAUUAAGGUUGAGGUUUAUUCCUUACCUGAUUAUGAUCAAUUGGGCAGUCUCUUCGAUACUUAUGAUCUGAUGUCGCAUGCGAAAUCGAACAAUGGCGUCAUGUACAUGAGCCUUCCCCGUUCUUCUCGUCUCGCAGAGCUACGUAAGAAGAUUGCCAUGUGGAAGUCAGCUGGCGAGGAAGCCAUCGGUGCUGAGCGGGUUCGGCUCUGGCACAUUGGUCAUACUCGUGCUCAGUGCGGCCCAACUCUUGCAUUCGAUCAUAUCACCGAUCUGAACACUCCAUUGGAUGCUUCUGCAGGAACUGUGCGAUUCUGGAUGGAGACGAUCUCGGAGGAUGAUGCUAAGUUCUUCGCUAUCCCUGAUCCUCCAUCGGCUACCACCGCGGAAGACAAGCAUGGGGAGUCUAUCGAUGAGCAGCCAAGCUCAGAAACCACUGAGCUUCCAACAUCAGUCAACGAUGGAGACGCAGUUGCUAGUUCAUCUGGAGGUGAUGGCAACAACGCUGCAGAGAACUCUUCGCUGCCUGUGACCUCAUCCGAAAGCGAGGAAGCCGCUGAAGAGCGCGCUGAGCAUGAUGCCGUUCUAGCUGUUGCAGCCGCUCAUGACACCAACUCUGCAAACUCUCAGCCUGCUCCUAUCACCUCAUCUGGCUCAUCGACAGAAAAUGGCCCAGCUUCCUCAGAAGUAACUCUGCCCGUCGGACACGCUUACUACUUCAUCCAAGUUUUCGACGCCGACAACCAAGUCCUACGCACAGUGGGAUCAUUCUUUUCCAAGCUCGAAGCUAACGUGAAAGCCUCUAUUCGCAAGCACCUUCAGUGGCCGAUUCGACGAGAUUUCCUGAUGUGGAAGCGAGUAGACGGAACAACGAUCACCGCUCUAUCGCCCGCCGAGAAUUUCAUGGAUGUUGUGGUACCACACGGAUCGUGUAUCAUCGUCGGAGAUAAACUCACCAAGGACAAGCGAUCUCAACUUGGAAUUUCCGGACAAUUCUCCAGCCCCGAUCGUCUAGUCCAGUACCUCUGGGCCGAGUCCCGCGAUCACCCAGUUCAAGGAUUCACAGGUACAAAGACGAUCGAGCCCACAUUUACCAGCGACUUCUACAGUGGAGAUUUCCUUAAAGGAUAUUACCACGGACAAGGAAAACACCUAUCUGGAACCGGAACCGUGUACGAAGGAGAUUUUGUAUUCGGACGACGACACGGAUCAGGCAAGAUGUCCUACCCAACGGGCGAUACCUACGAUGGUGAAUGGGUUGAAGAUGUUCGUCAUGGACAAGGAACGUACGUCGAGAAGAAGACUGGGAACAAAUACGUUGGUGGCUACAAGGAUGGAAAGCGUCAUGGGCGAGGUAUUCAAUACUUGGAGGUUGCAGAUGAGGAGAUGGAUCUGUGUCAGAUCUGUUACUCUGAGGAGCAGGAUGCUGUCUUCUGUGACUGUGGUCAUGUUUGCGCGUGUGUGACUUGUGCUAAGCAGGUGGAUCUUUGUCCAAUCUGUCGCAAGACUAUCAAGAGCGUUAUUAAGAUUUACCGAACAUAA